UUAGGGAUGGUGACAGGCAGCCAGAGGGAACUCCACAUUGGUCAACCUAUUUCAUCCUUAUCAGCAGCUUAAAUGGUAAAACCACCUUGUCUUCAGAAACGAAGAAAUGCUGGGUCAGCUGAAAUUCGAGCCCUCACUGUCAGAGAAGCUAAGCAGAAACAUCUUAGAGGUAGGGACAGGGGACAAAUUUCAGACAAAGAUCAUGGUCAGGGAAAGCCUGCCAAGAAGGCUGCACAUGAAGCCUCAGAUCAGAAACCUGAUGGAGUGGAUGUAUCCAGGCACAUUCUACUACAACUUUGAAAACAGACCCAUCCUCUCAGGUUGGAACACCACCUGGCUGUGCUACAAAAUGAAAACAAAGAAGGACCCCUCAAAGCCCCCUUUGGACGCAAGGAUCUUUGGAGGCCAGGUCUAUUCCAAGCCUGAACACCACCCAGAGAUGAGAUUCGUAGAUUGGUUCUGCAACUCGAGGCUGCAUCAUGACCAGGACUACCUGGUCAUCUGGUACAUCUCCUGGAGUCCCUGCCCAGAGUAUGCAGGGAAUGUGGCAGAGUUCCUGGCCAAGGAUGGCAAGGUCACCCUGACCAUCUUCGUUGCCCAACUCUACUACUUCUGGGAAGCAGAUUACCAAGAGGAGCUUCACAGACGGUGUCAGAAAAAACAGUCCACAUGCCAGCAUGAAGAUCAUGAACUAUGA